CAGUAGCAUGAUUUAAUGGAGGAUGAAUCAAUCAGACAACUACUCAACUACAGCGACGCGCCAGGUGGGAUUCGACGUCAGCUGCUCCGUCUCUCCUGCUGCUGCUUCAUCAUUCCUUCCUACAGCCACAAGGAUCCGAUCGUAAGGUAAUCUACCCUUCUCACGCGACGCGUUGACUCGGUGACGAACGAUGAAUAUCCCACCCGCUUCCAAACUCCGUAUAACGUUCUCCGUCUCCUGUUUAAUAGUAGGAAUUUGAUCCCUGGAUCCGAUUUAUCGGUCACUCACCGUCUCCACAAACUCUCGGUUUCCAUUUCCACCCAAAUUCGAUCUCUCUUUUCUCGCAAACAGAAACGGGAAGCUGAGGAGCCCGAAACAGUGUUUUGUGCAUGGUUUUAGUCCGGAAUAGAAGUUUGAAUUCCGGGUGAACGAAAAUUGAGAAUUCUGGUUUCCGAUUUGGCAAUGCAGAUGGAAGCGUCGUCCGUGGAUUCACAGGCCGACUCGAGUCUGCUCAAGGAAUUCUACAUCCCUACGUAUGUACUCGUCCCCGAAUCGGAGGCCGUCAAUGUUCCCGACGUGCCGCAGUGUCCGGUUUUGGUGUUCAUCAACUCCAAGAGUGGCGGCCAACUCGGCGGGGAUCUUCUCGUAACCUAUCGAUCCGUUCUCAAUGACAGUCAGGUUUUCGAUUUGGGGGUAGAGACCCCUGAUAAAGUGCUGCGGAGGAUAUAUAUGAAUAUUGAGAGGCUCAAGUCUGGAGGUGACGAGUUUGCUGCUAAGAUUCAGGAGAAAUUGAAAAUAAUUGUUGCAGGUGGUGAUGGAACUGCUGGCUGGCUUCUUGGAGUUGUCUGUGAUCUCAAGUUCCCUCAUCCUCCUCCCAUUGCAACUGUGCCUUUGGGAACUGGGAACAACCUUCCUUUCGCUUUCGGUUGGGGGAAAAAGAAUCCCGGGACAGAUCGUCAAUCUGUAAUAUCCUUUCUGAAGGAAGUAAUGAAAGCAAAAGAAAUGAAAAUAGACAACUGGCACAUUCUGAUGAGAAUGAAGACCCCCAAAGACGGUUCUUGUGACCCUAUUGCACCUCUCGAGCUACCACAUUCUCUACAUGCAGUUCACCGUGUCUCUUCUUCAGACGAAUUCAACAUGGAAGGAUAUACCACAUUUCGUGGAGGGUUCUGGAAUUACUUUAGCUUGGGCAUGGAUGCUCAAGUAUCUUAUGCAUUUCAUUCUGAGAGGAAAUUGCAUCCUGAAAAAUUUAAGAACCAGCUGAGCAAUCAGAGUACCUAUGCCAAGCUUGGUUGCACACAAGGGUGGUUUUGCGCUUCUGUUUUUCAAUCCGACUCAAGAAUAGCUAGCCUGGCAAAGGUGAAGGUCAUGAAAAGACUAGGGCAUUGGGAAGAUCUAACCAUAUCGAAUGGGAUACGGUCAAUAGUGUGCCUCAACUUGCCCAGCUUUUCUGGCGGGCUAAACCCUUGGGGAACACCAAGUACUUGGAAACGCCGUGAUAGAGACUUAACUGCACCCUUUGUGGAUGAUGGGCGUAUCGAGGUUGUGGGUUUUAGAGACGCAUGGCAUGGACUCGUCCUUCUUGCACCUAAAGGACACGGGACUCGCCUCGCACAGGCACAUAGAAUCCGGUUCGAGUUCCACAAAGGCGCAGCAGAUCACACGUUCAUGAGGAUCGAUGGGGAGCCCUGGAAGCAACCCUUGCCAGUGGAUGACGACACCGUUGUAGUGGAGAUCUCACACCUAGGUCAGGUGAAUAUACUUGCCACCAACGACUGCCGAUCGAGGAGUAUGAGCGAUCCAUCGACACCGAGUCACCAUGCUCAUGAUGAAGAGGACCGCGAUAGCGAUGAGGAGGAUUCAGUACAGGGGGAAGAGUUCAGGAAGUUUGGUGCUGCUGAUACGUUCAAGAUGCCAGAUGAGUUUGACAUUUCCCAUCUUAGUUAAACGUUCUUUCCCCCUUCUUUUUUUUUUUUUUUUUGCCUUCUGUCUCUAGGUUGAUUUGGCACGGACUAAAAGUAGGCUUUUGUAACUUGUGAUUUGGAGUGGUAAUUGGGUGGGUGCUGGAAAAUUCCCUGAGGCGCACAGGCCAGAUCAGGUGUGGGUUGCACAUAGAGUCCGCACCAUUCACUCACGUUUUUUUAACACAUUGGGUCGGGUUGUUUGAUCGAUUAAUGGGAUGGGCGUCAUGUUUUAUGUGGGUCAUUUUUUCACAUAAAAAAAGGUGAGUUUAGAAGUUGCAAUCUAUCUACUCGAUUCGUCAAUCAAAAAUUGCCAAUGUCUGCAUCAAAACAAAACAAUGCAUUAAUACUAUUUCAUGUUGUUGAUAUAAGUAACAUAAGCCCAUAUUAAUAUUCUUGGAUGGAGCAACUAAUAUUUGUCUUACAAUGAAAGAUGUACUAGCAUGACAAUGCAUCGAAUUCGUUUGGUAAUGUGACAUAAUCGUCAUGAUUCAUAUCAAUAUUGUGUCGUAUCCAAAUGACCCAUAUGCAUUUUCAAU